GUCAACGGGGUCUAGCCUGGAUCCCUGUGAUUUUUAUCGCCCUUGUCGUCUGCUGGUCCUACUACGCUUACGUGGUGGAGCUUUGUUUGUUGUCCACUGCUGUGGCUGCUGCUGCUGCCAUCAGGAAGUGAAUGGGCUGCAGCUCAACAAUGGUGCUGCCUGCCAGCCGGCUCCGAACACACAGAUACGUGUCUGUUUGUCUGACAUCUCGUCGAGUUGUACUGUAUUAGGAGGGAUAUGUUUCGGCGAACGCACACCAUUACCAUGAUGGGAGAACGGAUUGUCUACCUGAUCUUCUUCCACGUCUCUUUCGUCAUGUUUGUGUGGUCUUAUUGGAAGACCAUCUUCACCAAGCCUGCCAACCCUUCCAAAGAGUUUUGCCUGCCAAAAGCCGAGAAGGAGCGCUACGAGAAGGAGGAGAGGCCCGAGUCCCAGCAGGAGAUCCUGUGGAGAGCCGCCUCCACCCUGCCUCUGUACACUCGCACGGGCGCCGGAGCAAUCCGCUAUUGCGACCGCUGUCAAGUCAUCAAGCCGGACCGGUGUCACCACUGCUCCGCAUGCGACAUGUGUGUGCUGAAGAUGGAUCACCACUGUCCUUGGGUGAACAACUGCGUCGGCUUCUCUAACUACAAGUUCUUCAUCCUCUUCCUGGCCUACUCACUGGUGUACUGUCUCUUCAUUGCCGCCACGGUUCUACAGUAUUUCAUAAAGUUCUGGACCCUUUGUCGUAGGAAAUCGGCAGAGAACUGCCCGAAGAACGAACUGAAUAACUCUGCCAAAUUCCACGUCCUGUUUCUGUUUUUUGUGGCGGCCAUGUUCUGCAUCAGUAUUCUCUCCCUCUUCAGCUACCAUCUGUGGCUCGUAGGGAAGAACAGAUCCACAAUAGAGGCAUUCAGAGCUCCGGUCUUCAGAACAGGCUCGGAUAAGAACGGUUUUUCUCUGGGUUUCCGGAAGAACAUCGCUCAGGUCUUUGGCGACCAGAAGCAGUACUGGCUGCUGCCGAUCUUCACCAGUCAGGGUGACGGUCUGACGUUUCCCACCCGAUUGGUCAACGCUGAUGCAGAGCAGGCCACUGUCACUCUGCAACCUGAUUCCAAUAAAUGCGUGCCGGAGGUCUCAGUGAGCCCCCUCAGUGAGUCACAGAACCGCCUUCUGAGCAACGAGCAGCAGGCCAACAACGCCGAAGACCACCUGGCCGAAAACUACGUGGCCGAAAACUUCCUCAAAUCAGCAGAGAGUGAAACCGUCACCAUGGAGAGUGAGUCCUAACCAGGACAAACACAUGUCAUCUAAUGUGAUGCCUUAAAAAAACAACAACAACAAAAAAAACCAAACAGUCUUGUUCAUCACCAUGGCAACAGUCCCCCAUAAGUGGAUUCCUCACGGACACAUUCAGAGAACCCUUUUGGAGACGCAGUCCACUGGCACAGGGCACCACAGUAUUGCUAUAAUAGCCUUGGCGUUUUUGCAUGCAGUGUUGGACGGACAUCUCCUAAACACGGGUUCCCCAUCACCGCACUCGGCUCGGACGCAUUUCUCUCCUUUUGUUUUUGCAAGUGUAAGAAGAGCCACAGGACAGUUUUUUUUUAUUUUUAUAUAAUUAUUAUUUUUGUGCCAAAAGCCUCCACGAUGCACCUGAUCUCAGACGCGCCGAGCGCGCUGUAAAAUUCUUCAGCUGUUUUUUUUUUUGUUUGUUUUGUUUUGUUUUUUUUAAACCAACCCAUACAAUGGAGAUGGAUCUUUGCUUACCCCUUCUGUGCAUCUCAUCUUUUUUUUUUUUUAUUUUAUUUAUAAAGCUGGAGUGAUUAUUAUUAUUAUUAUUUUGCACCUUUUUGAGAUGGAUGUUUCUGCCACCAAAAACCUGGACCGCUGCAGAGGACUCUACCCCACGGUUCAGUGGACUGUGCCUGUCCUCGGCAUCAAAGACUGGAGCCAGACUUUACGUGGCGAGAUAUUUGAGCACAAGAUGGCGCAUUUGCACUUUGUUGAUAUUAAUUGUCCAACAAAACAGCAUUCUGUUUUCCUUUUCUUUUUACUUUAACAUAUCCAAACGAUAUCAGUGGUGUGGCAGAUGUUGUUUAUGUUUAUAUGUGUUACAGCUAAAGUCACAGUCAUCAAAAACUGACUGAAAGGAUUGACUCAAAGUGUCUUCGUGGCUAGAUGGUGUUGAAUUAUGCUGCUUUUAAAGAAUGAAACAGUUGAACCUGGAAGGUGUUUUACCCAGUGCACUCUGGCUAUUUUUUUUUUUUUUUUACUGUCUGGUGGUUGAUUUCCACGGCUCACAGCUUCAACCUUUACCAAGACACCUGCUGCCAAAUAAGGGCUGACAUGUCAGGAGCUCUGACAUCUGAACCUGAAGUGUUUACAGCAUCUUAGCUUUAUCCUAACCUCACAGGCCAGUGUCACCACAUCCCAAAAUGGAUGCAGCAGUUUUUGUGAUGCAUUUUUUUAAAAAUUCAUUUUAUAUUUCUCUGAAACUUGUUGCUUUACCAGUUUCAGACAGUAGGUGGAGAGAAUGCGCUUUUUUUUUUUUUUGUGCACCAAGGCAGAUACAGUUGAAACCAGAUGUUCACGUAUUUACAAAA